GAGCGACCUUGACUAUGCCCGGACUCACCGACGAUGAAGUCGUCAGCGAGAUGCGCAAGAUGACGGCCUUCAUCAAGCAGGAGGCGCUCGAGAAGGCGCGCGAGAUCAAGGUCAAGGCCGACGAGGAGUUUGCCAUCGAGAAGGGCAAGAUCGUGCGGCAAGAGAGCGCCAACAUCGACGCCGCCUUUGAGCGCAAGAAGAAGCAGGCCGAGAUCGAGAAGAAGAUCGCCAUCUCAAACCAGAACAACAAGGCGCGGCUGCAGCUCCUCGAGAAGCGCGAGGAGCUCCUCGAGCAGGUGUUCGAGGACGCGAGGACCAAGAUCACCGACGUGACCAAGGACGAGGCCAAGUACACCGAGCUCCUGAAGAAGCUCGUCCUGCAGGCGCUCUUCACGCUCAUGGAGAAGGACAUCAAGGUCUCGGGCCGGCCAAAGGACCUGGAGCUACUCAAGAAGGCGACCGAGCAGGCUGCCGCCGACUUCAAGGAGCAGGCCGGGUUCGAGGUCAAGACCGAGGUUAACGACCAGCUCGGCGACAAGUCCGCCGGCGGCGUCCUGAUUCGAGGCUACGGCUCGCGCAUCACGGUCACCAACACGCUCGACGAGCGCCUGCGCAUCCUCGAGGAGCAGAUGUUGCCCGAACUGCGCGAGAAGCUCUUUGGCAAGAACGAGAACCGCAGGUUCUACUCGUAGACGCUUCCAGUCUCCUGCGCUCCCUUGCGAGCCCGAUAUCCACCCCCCUUUCGCUCGCCCUUCGCCCUCUUCCCCUCGUUCUUGUCUCGUUUUUAACUUUUGCGCGAGUAGUCUUCGCGCGGUCGUCUCUCCUUCUUUGUGCAACUCUGGCCCUCUAGCAGCAAC